AUGGAACUCCUUACCGACCCUCUAUAUCCGACCAGGGAAGGCAACAGUGUCACCCGUGACUCAUGCCCCGACCUCACCCUGAUCAAGAACGUCGCCGAGGCCACGUGGACGAACCUAGGAGAAACCCUGGGCAGCGACCACUGUAUACUCAGCACGUCCAUAUCAUCUAGCAAAAUUAGAAGACAUCUGGGUGCCGCCCAUAUCACUGACUGGCCCAAAUUCCGCAAUGCACCCGUCCCGUCAGGUCCAAUCCAGUCGAUACACGUCUGGAGCGAGGACAUCAGACAGGCAUACAAGACAGCCACAGAAACAAUACACCGCACACCGGAAGCCCCAGAGGUAGACCGCCACCUUCUCAAGCUAUGGGAAAAGCGCAGCCGGCUCGUGGGAAGAUGGAAAAGGCAACGGCUAAACAGAUCCCUCCGCCUGCGGAUUGCACAGCUCACAGAGGGCGCUCAGACAUACGCCACCAACCUAGCACAGCAAAACUGGCAACAGUUUUGUGAGUCACUGCGGGGAACGCUGGGAACCUCCCGUACGUGGGCAAUCCUGCGGAACCUCAUCGACCCCUCUAAAUCAAAAUCUGAAUCUACACGCACCCUGAAGCGUAUUGCUCACCUCUUUCCGGGAGACAACGUAGCCCUACUUCUUGCUCUAAGGGACAAAUAUAUCGGUACCAGCACCGCGCCACCCUGCUCUGCGACCUAUCAGGGUGAGGAAAAUCCGGCACUCGACGCUCCCAUCUCCGAAGCCGAGGUGUACGCCGCAGUACGAUCGUGCACCCGAAAUACUACGGCUGGAGCGGACAAAAUUAACAACGCCAUGAUCCGCAACCUGAGCAAGGCACAGAUCAGGGACCUCACCAAGUACCUGAACGACUCGCUCUGGGAGAAGAAUGAAAUUCCCUCCGAGUGGAAACACUCGGAGAUCAUAGUAAUCCCGAAACCGGGCAAGAAGCCGGCAGUGGAAGCUCUACGACCUAUAUCUCUCACAUCGUGCCUGGGCAAGCUCAACGAGCGAGUCGUCCAGACGCGCCUUCAACACUACAUAGAAGAUAACGACCUUUUUCAUCCAUCCAUGAUUGGCUUCCGGUCGGGCCUGUCGACACAAGACGCCUUCCUUCUCCUGAAGGAGGAAGUACUCUCUAACAUCCCGAGGGGUGGCGAACACCUCAUUAUGGCGCUGGAUCUAAAAAGCGCGUUUGAUAACGUGUCUCACGAGGCAAUACUCUCCGAGCUCAGCAAUCUCAACUGUGGCGAGCGCACCUUCCAAUAUGUCAAGACUUUUCUGUCCAACCGAACGCAGGUUCCGAACAUCGGAUACACCCUGUAUGCGGACGACAUUACGAUCUGGACAAACACCGGCUCUCUAGCCGAGAAGGAAGACACACUCCAAGCGGCAGCAAUCUGCGUCGAAACAGAGGCCAUUCGAUGCGGACUCCACUGCUCCCCCGACAAAUCCGAAGUGAUCCGCAUACAGGGACAUCACUACAAAUCGCCAGGCAACCUAAACAUCCUCCUACAUGGGGUCCCAAUCCGGGAGGUACCACUCAUCCGGAUCCUGGGCCUCUGGCUGCAGAGCGACGGAAAGGCCAACCACACACUCCAACUGCUCAAGACUACAACACAGCAGAUCUCUAAGAUGAUCCGCCGGGUGGCCAGAAACAGAAAAGGCAUGCGGGAGGAGGACACGAUCCGUUUGGUGCAGGCACUGGUCAUCAGCCGCCUUUCCUACGGGCUCCCUUACCUCACCCUGCUCCGAGCAGACUUCAACAAAGCCAAUGCGAUGAUACGCGUAGCCUACAAGAACGCCCUCGGUCUCCCACCGUACACAUCCAACGUCAGCUUGGAAGCUUUGGGACUAAAUAACACGUUCGAGGAAAUUCAGGAGGCGGUCCUCCUGACCCAGAGAGAACGCCUCCUGUCCACAGCGACAGGCCGACACAUCCUAAAGCGCAUCGGCUACCCGGCGGACCUUGACGCCAUCCAGUCGACCACAAACAUUCCGACAUCGUACCGGGCCAGAGUACACGUGGCCCCGCUCCCAAAAAAUAUGUCACAAUCCCACAACGAAGGCAGAAGAAACGCCCGAGUGGACUACCUCAAACGCACAGUGGGACGGAGCCCGAGGACGGUGUACGUGGACGCCGCCCUAUAUAAGGAUGCAUCGAACGCAGCAGCAGCCGUUGUGGUGAACUCUUCUUACGAAGAAGUCUCCAGCAUCUCCAUCCCGCACUGCACCGUCACAGAAGCGGAAGCUGCGGCGAUCGUGCUGGCCGUUCAGUACGGGGACGCGACCAACCGAGAACUUCAAAUCUUCUGUGAGAUGCUGCAGCUGUGGCGGCUCUCAUUCCGCAUCAGCCUGUGA